AUAUUAGUUAGAGGUGUUUUAAAGGGAAGAGUUUUAGUAUUGGAGUGAGAAAUAAGGGAAAAGUUUUUUAUGGAAAUAGGGUUUUGCAUGGUUUUAGACUGAGUGGCUUGUAUAUUUGUYUUAAGUGUUCUUUUUAUCUCUGGAUGUGUUUCUAUUUUUAGGGGGUUUUAUUUAUCUCAUGAAAAUUUUUUAAAACGAUUUUUUUUUUUGGUUCAACUUUUUGUCCUUUCAAUAAUCUUACUAAUUCUGUUUCCUAAUUAUUUAGGUUUAAUAGUUGGGUGGGAUGGUUUGGGUGUAGUUUCUUUUCUUUUAGUGGUUUACUAUUUAAGAAGGAAUUCUCUAUCUGCAGGAAUAAUUACUGCAUUAAGAAAUCGUAUUGGAGAUGUUUGUUUUUUGUUAGUUAUUGGGUUAAUGAGAAGGAUAUUAAGGUAUAGAAUGUGAGGAGUAUUAUUGAUAAGUGGAUUUUCUAUAGGUUUCCUUAUAAUAUUAGGUAGAAUAACUAAAAGUGCUCAAGUUCCUUUUUCUGCUUGGUUACCUGAAGCUAUAGCAGCACCUACUCCAGUAUCUACAUUGGUUCAUUCAUCUACUUUAGUUACAGCUGGGGUAUAUGUUAUAAUUCGUUUUAGGGAGUAUUUAGGGGAAUUGGAAAAAUAUUUGUUAAUAGUAUUUUCUAUAGUAACUAUAUUCUUAGCCGGAAGAAGAGCUUGUGCUGAAGUGGAUAUAAAAAAAGUGGUAGCUCUAUCUACUUUAAGGCAAGUAGGAAUAAUAAUAUUUGUUAUUAGGGUUGGAGCUAAUACUAUUGCUUUUUUUCAUUUGUUGGUUCAUGCCUUUUUUAAAGCACUAAUGUUUAUAUGCGUAGGUGGUGUAAUUUUUUAUAGGGGUAGAUGUCAGGACGCUCGUCUUCUUGGGGGAGCUUGGUUUAAACUUCCAUUAACAAGAGUUUUGUUUUUAUUUAGUAAUUUAUCUUUAAUAGGAUUCCCUUUCUUUUCAGGUUUUUAUUCUAAAGAGUUGAUCGUUGGGGUUUGUYUAUCUAGAAAUUGUGGGUUUUUAAGCUUUAUCUUAUUGGUAGUUUGCUUAGCUUUAACUGCUUGCUAUUCUAUUCGAAGGAUUGGGUUGGUUUUUCAAGACAUAGGGUUAAGAAGAUUAAGGUUUUAUAGAAUAGAAAACAGUUAUUAUUUACUAUCAUUAUUACUAAUAAUAAAUGGAGCUGUUAUAAUAAGAAUUAUUAUGCAAAGACUUAUUAAAGAAUUUUUAGCGGUUAGCUUUAUUAAAGGAAGGCUUUUUUAUAGGUUACUWAUUAUAAUAGUAGUCUUCCUAUUUAAUUUAGUGUUGUUUUUUUCGGUAAGAAGAAAAACUAUAUUUUUGGGUUUUAGUAAGGACUUUUUUUCUAGGAUAUGGUUUUUAAGAUUAAUCAGGGGAAAUUUAAUUAGAGUUGGUGUCUUAACAACUAUUUCUAAAUAUAUUAACUAUGUGGAGAUAGGUUGAAUUCGUACUUAUUUAUGGCAAAGGGGUGUUAAAAAUAUGUUUAUAGGAAUAAGAAAUAAAGUUUUAAAAAUUAAUUUUAAYAUAGUAGGUUUAGUUAUAUUUUAUUCUUUUUGUUUUYUAGUAAUAGUUUUUUGGCGGUAA